AUGCUCGAAUACCUGCGAUUGAAGUUGCUGGUGACAUCCAUUCGCCUCCCAGUGGCCAUCAAAGCUUUCAUCUCCGGCUCUCGCCCUCAGCCUGACGAAGUAAUACACAUUCCAUCAAGAGAGCCUGGUCGGGUCAUCAACGCAAAUGUUUACAAAGCAACUCUACGGAACGGUCCACAGCCGGUACUGAUCAACUUCCAUGGGAGUGGCUUCGUUCUCCCAUUGCAUGGUAGCGACGAUGAGUUCUGCCGACAUAUUUCCACAAACACAGAUUAUACCGUAAUCGAUGUUGCAUAUCGCCUGGCUCCCGAAUAUCCCUUUCCCGCCGCCCUCGAAGAUGUCGAAGAUGCCAUCAGAUGGGCAAAGAGCCAGCCAAAAAUCUACGAUCUCACCAGGCUCUCGACCUCAGGCUUCAGCGCAGGCGCCAAUCUGGCUCUCGUAGCUUCAGCAUCAAGUUUCACUAAAGGCACGAUCAACAGCGUGAUCGCCUACUACCCUCCCGUCGACAUCGCCCAGGACCCCGACUCCAAAGUCGCCCCCGAUCCCUCUGGUAACCCCAUUCCCGCAUCUCUCGCUCGCAUCUUUAACGACUGCUAUCUCCAGAGUGGCGUCGAUCCCAAAGAUCCUCGGGUUUCGCCGACGUUUCUCUCCGUGGACAGUUUCCCGAGUAAUCUGUUUUUGAUUACUUGUGGGUUGGAUACUCUUGCUCCGGAGGCGGAGGAACUGGCUGAGCGACUGAAGAAGGUCGAAGGAAUCAAUUUGGAGCAUAAGAGGAUGGAGAAGUGUGAUCAUGCGUGGAAUAUAAGCACACAAGAAGGAACACCGCAGGAUGCCGCUAAGAAAGAAGCCUAUGCCAUGACGGUGGACUUCCUGAAUCGUUUGGGAAUUUCAUGGCAAGGAUCUCGGCGAUAG